AUGAAAAAUUGUAUGAUCGAUGUUCAUGCUCAUUUCUACCCUUCUUCGUUUUCCGAUAAGCAAAUUGAUCAAAUUCUUGUUCGUGCUCAAACCGCGAAUGUCUCUUCUAUAGUUUCAGUCCCCGAAACAUUGGAAGACGCACAAUGCAUACUUGCUUUGAAGAAUGAUCCAUCGAUACCUGACGCGCUCAGGUAUAUGAUUGAACCAUGCGCAGGUUUGCACCCUGCUUAUGAGGCAAAGAGUCUAGUUAAGGUAGAACAAGUGGAUAGUGUUCUCGAAUUCAUUAAAGAUAAAUCAUUUGAAUUGGUUGGCGUUGUUGGGCUAGAUUUCACCCCCCACGUGUUAAAUAAUGCUAUAAGCGCGCAUCCAGAGUUAAAGUUGACAACGGAAGGUCUCAAGAAUAUACAACGCGAAGUGUUUGUGCGCCAAAUUGCUGUGGCUCUUCAACUCGAUCUUCCUCUUAAUGUUCAUUCUCGUUCGGCUGGUCAUUAUGUUUUAGAUUGCUUACGUAAUUGUGGAGCAAGAAAGGUCGUGAUGCAUGCCUUUAAUGGACAAUUAAAGUAUGCCAUUAAAGGUGUGGAGAUGGGGUUCUACUUUUCUAUACCUCCCGAGAUUGUUCGUAUGCCACAAAAACAGAAAUUAGUAGCUGGGUUACCGUUGUCAAACUUACUGCUUGAAUCUGAUUCACCCGUUUUGGGUCCGGAAAAAGGUGUAGACAAUGAACCAAAUAGUAUUCAAGUUAGUGCUGAGGAAAUAGCUAGGAUCAAACAAAUUGGAGUUGACGAAGUG